ACAAAAACUCUUUUACCUAGCUUUGUGUGAGUGUGCGUGUGUGUAUGUGUGGUAUUUGCUGUUGCCAAGCAAACGCAUUUGCCUGCCACUCCCCCCCUUCCCACCCACCUGCCAUCACUCCUACUCUGCCCACCACAUGCAACUCGUGCCAACUCGUUCUUACAGUUAUCCAUUAUCCGCUUCCUUCUUUUGUUGUUGCUGUUUUCCGUCUUGCUUUUUGUGCUCUUCUUUUUAGGUCACAGCCAGCAACAACAACAGCAACGAGAAGAAGAAGAACAGUCGGGAUUCGAUUUAUACGCCUUCAUCAUCGUCAUCAUCUCUCUCUGCUCCUCUGUUCUGCUGCUGCAUUUGUGCAUUUGCUGCUGCCGGUCACACACACUUACACACACACACAUAGAUGCAGUGUGUAUGUAUUGGUGGCAGCAUGCUCAACACUUACGCAACGCUGGCGACAUCUGACGGCGACAUUAGUCAACACUAAGCCAGCAACGGAAAAAAGUUUCACACCAACAACAACAACAACAAAAGCAACAGUAGAAGGAGCAUAAGAGAAGGACAGAAGAAGUAGUGGAGAGAAAGAAGCGGAACGAAGCGGAGCAGGAAGAGAAGUAGAAAAACAAACAAAAAAUAACUAGGCACAAGUUAUUAUGGCAACCAACACGAGCAUCUCGUCGGCGACGCCAUCGUUGGCCACAACGCCGGCAACAACGCCCACAGCAAUGACAACAGCAGCGACGACAGCCAAGCGACUUGGCUACACAUCGCCAGCCGUGUCCUCGUUGUCAGCUGCCUCUGCCUCUGCCUCGGCUGCGUCGGCGUCGGCAGCAUCGGCGACCACAGCAUCGGUCAUCUGCGAGGAGGUCUUCGACGAAGCCUGCCUCCCAUCAUCCGAGGAGAUCAACGAUUAUGCGACGCUGAUUGGCAUUGAGCCCGGCAAGGAGACACAUUUGCUAUACCUGGCCAAGGAAGGUCUUAUGGCCGCCCUGCCGCCCGAGUGGAAGAUCUGCUACUCGGAGGAGAAGAGCGGACAUUACUAUCACAAUACGCGGACAAAGCAAUCGCAGUGGGAUCAUCCGCUGGACGCCGUCUAUCGUGAGCUCGUCGAGCAGACGCGACAAAAGCUCGCCACCGGAGGCAGCGUCGGAGCAGCGACUCCCAUCAUUGACAACUCGGAUGAUGUGUCGCAGCUGGACUCGGGAAUACGCAGCAUGCAGGGCACCGACGAAUUGCUCGACGACAUGAGUUCACCCCUCAACAAUGGCAGCAGUCAGAAUCAGCAUCAACAGCAGCAGCAGCAACCGCAACAACCACAGCAAUUGAAAGCGAGCGGAGCAAAUAGUUUUCCCGGUCCGAGCGGAUUUAGCGGCGGUGUCAGUCGCUUUUUGGAGUCGCGCAGCAAGAACUUUGGUCCCAUCUUUCAGCCGGUGAAGAACACACGCUUCGAGGUGGCCAAAACGAAUUCACAAAUCAGUCUGGCCAUGAAAUUCGGCGGACAAUCUCCCGCAGCUGCGGGUGGAGAAACACCGGGAGCAGCGGGGGCGGCAACGCAACGUUCAGGCGGAGCAUUUCAAUUGUCCGGCACCGGGGCCAUGUUCCUCAAGUCGCGACGUCACCUCGAACAGCAGCAACAGCCACAAACUGUUGCCCCGACAAGCUCGGCAGCAGCGACAGCAACUCCGCCUCCCAUUGAGCUGGGCAGCACACCGGGCGUCAAGGGAAUUCUACGCGACUCCAGUUUAACGGAUAUGCGGCGACGUUUCGAUCGCGAACGCGAUCGCGAUGAGGAUGCUGUGAUUGUGGUGGGUGCCAGUGGCGGUGGAGAGGAUAAGAAGAGCGUGCGGUUCAAUCUGGAGGACACGAUACGCUUGCGUAGCUCACCCGAGGAGGAGGAUAACAACAGUCUGCGCAAACUCAACCAAAGUCCCGAGUUGUCCAUCAACUCUGAAGACGAGGGUGGCGAUGAAUCCGAACGCGAUGCUGACAACGAUGACGAGGAGGAAGAAGAGGAGGAGGAGGAAGACGAUGACGAUGACGUCUGGGAUGAGGAUGUGAUUGAUCCUGAUGCCAUGGAGGGCAUGUGCAGUCUGAAUCCCUUCAUCAGUGAUGCCAACAAAUCCAUACGCAUCAUCAAUCUGCCCAAGGCACAAACCAUACAGAUGCUAAAAUCCGCACAGAGCUCCGUUCCCGAACUGGAACCCGUCAAGCUAGGCGAGUCGAGUGGCAGCGGCGGAGGGGUGACGACAACAGCUAGCAGUUACCUCGACAAGCUGAAGGAAAGCGCCGCUGUCAAGCCUUUAUAUGAGGACACCGACUCGGAUUCGAAGGGCAGCUCGGUGCGCAGUUUCAUCAUCAACAAAUCGGAGCAGGAAUCGCUGCACUCGUCAACUACGCCCGCGGGCAACAAUCCCUUCGAUCUCGACGAGCUGGGACGCAAGCACAGUCACGAAUUGGAGCAACUUCAACGCAAGUCCGCGCAAUCCGCGGCUCAGCUGGCAACCGAUAAACUCGGUCUGCGGUCCCUGAAGAUGGCCAGCAAGCUGGUGGGACUGCUGAAGCAGAAGGACAGCAACAGCCAGUCGUCUGCAAGCGGCGAGGGAGUGUUGAACGAGGCCGCAGCUCUGCAGCAGCUACAACAGGAUAUGGAGCACGUUAAGCGCGAGCACGAGACGCGUCUGAAGAGUCUGCGGCACGAGUACGAUUUGCGGCUGACCUCACAUCAGCAUCAGCUCGAGGAGGCCUUCGAGCUGCAGCUAGAGGAAUAUCGCUCACAGCUCGAACAUCAGCUGCAGGCGAAGCGCGCUCAGGUUGUCAGCGAGCACAAGGCACGCAUGGCAACGCUGCAGUCGAAUCACGCGGAGCUUUUGCACGAACUCGAACGGGAUUUGCGCAGCGAACAGGAAAUAUUGCGACGCGAACAUGCCGCAAAGUUGACGCAAAUGCGCGACAAGCUCGCCCACGAACUGGAGCUGGAGAAACAACGAUUGCGGGACACCGGUGAGGAGCGAUUGUACGAGAAGGUGCGCUGCGAGAAGCGGCUGCUUGAGGACAAAUACCGUUGCCUCAAGGAGAAGUAUGUGCGCCUGAAGACCGACGUCAAGUUGUCGCUGGAGCGACGCAGUCGUCGCCGCGAGGCGCAGGCGUUGCAACAGCACAACAACGCCCAUCAUCAUGGGACACAUCACGGCCAUCACAACAAUCACACCAAUACGAAUACGACAACGGGUUCCGAGACGGAACGUUCGAUCUCGCAGAAACCCUCGAUCGGCAACAGCGAGAAUCGUUCGCUUAGCUACUCGGAGCAAGCGACCGCCGCCGGUGGCCUAAGUCCCGCAACGACCGGCGGCAGUCAGGGUGCAGCGGCCAAGGUGAAGCCACCGGUGCCCCCGAAGACGCAUCUAAGUAAACCUGGGAUUGCCAGCAAGUACAUUAAGACACUGCAGCUGCAGGACGAUACGAACACCUCGUUGAGUCAAUCGGACACAACGAUCUCCAACAAUUACAGCAAGGGACGGUAUUUGGCUGCGAUGGCGACACCGACGGCGACACCAACGCCCUCGGCAUCGGCGGUGGUGUUGAGCGAUAAUGGGAAUUCCGAUUCCGAGGCGGUGGCUCUGCAGCAGCAGGAGAACAACAACAACAAUAACAAUAAAUCAUUGUCGGUGGUGCAGCCCCGGAAGAAACUGUUUUCGCGCACCAAAUCCGCGUCGACCUCACGUCUCAAUUCGGACAAUUCGAACAACUACGGCAAGCAGCAACCACAGCAACAGCAGCUGGUGGAGCAACGUCCCUGCACACCGGUGGAGAAUUUGCGACAUCAAUUGCAGAAACUCGAGGAUCUCGAGGAUCAGUUUCCCGAGCAUACGCUCGACACCACCUAUCAUCUCCGUUAUCCCUUCACGGACAUUUCCAAUGAACAUGCAGCGGUCGUGGGUUCGGUGGUCGGUUCCGAACUGGAGUUCUUCAAGCAUCGCAUACACCUGGAACGGGAUUCGGUGAGGCGAGCCAAGGAAUCGUUGCGCACGCAACGCACCAACUUCCGGGCACGUCAGCGUGAGAUUAAGCAACGCCACAAGACAAUUGCGUUGGCAGCACCGCGUCACUCGCUCGAUCAACUGAUACAGGAGGAAAAGGAGCUCACCGAAAUGGAGGUGAAUUUGCAUCGAACACGCGCGUUGCUCGGGGAGAAGGUGAUCCGAUUGCGACACCUGGAGCAGAGUUUGUUGCGCAUCUACGAGAAGGAGAAACCGACGCUAGAGCAAGAGCCCAAGGACGAUGCGACCACAUUGAGUGAUCUCUCGUCGCACUCGAGUUCGGGUUUCAGCAGCACGGACUUUGCCAGCGGUGCCGAUUUGCACAAGCGCAAGGAAUACUUUCAACAGGAGUCAAACGAAUGCAUACAAAAUCUCGAGAUACUGAAUGCCGAGAUACGUGAAAUACUCGACAUACUAAGCCAAAAGCAACAGCACCAACACCAGACAGCCUCACAUCAGGCAUUGUCCACGCUUAACAUGGGCAUGUCCAUGCCCCCGAUGAUAUCCCCGAAUGAGCUCAGCUGGUCGCACAUGCUGAGCCAACAGCAGCAGCAUCAGCAAUCAUCGUCAGCUGUCGCUGCAAUGCCAACGCUUCAGAGCAGCAGCUCGACACACAGUCUCAGCGGUGCCACAACUCAACAAACCCAGGCAGCUGCUGUGGCAGCAGCGGCGGCAGCUGCAGCUGCGGUCCAUGCCCCACAAUCGAUACCCACGCUCGCCGAUCGCCUUGAGACGUAUCGCCAAUUGGCCGCCGGCCGCAUGCACAGCUCGAUGGGCGGCGCCAUUCUGGCGGCCAACACAAUUGUCUCCCAGAGUCCUCGGGCUGUGAACUACACCACAAGUCUGGUGGAACGGACCCGGGAUUUACGCAACUGGUUGCGUCAGGCGAAGACCGAGCAUGAGCUCCUCACCGGCAUGGGGAUGCAGCAUGGCCUGGCGAUGCACUCGGCCAGCGGUGCGGGUGGCAUCAGUGGCAUUGGUGCCGCAAUCGGUGGCAACUCCUCCGGAGGCUCUUCGGCUAGCGGUGGAGGCGGUGGCGGAGGCGGUGCCACCGCUUCGGUUGUUGUCCCAGCUGCGGGAACAGCAACAGGUACAGGAACAACAGCCGGAGCAGCGGUUGCAACUGCGGCAGCCGCACAAACUAAUUUGUAAGAGAAACAUAUUCCCCCUUAUCAUUAUAUACGUUACGUUUCUAUUUCUAGUCAAGACUAUGUUAGGACUUUUAGUUGUUAAUUGCUGUGUAUAUAUGAAACGCCUUUUUGCCUCUUUGCCUUUUGGUUGCAAACACAAGAUUUAACUUAAAUAACCUGAGCUACUUUGGGAGUUAUAAACUUGUUUUUCCCCCCUCACUCCCAGCAAAUAAUAAUUUACUCGUUAUAAAUUAAAAGAAAACUCUCGUAUUGAAUAAUUUAACUAAGUAAAUUAACUCAAAGUUAAUCUGACUGUCAUAGUUAAUUAACAAAAAAGAAAAGAAAAAACCAAGUGAAUGAAAACAAUCCACAGGCUACUAAAUAAUUAACGUAAUUAUUACAUUUUUAUUAAUUGUUGCAAAUGUUUGAAGCGUGCAAAUGUUUAGACUACAAUUCAUAAAGAAAUGUUAAUUCCGUAAAAGGAACUGACACAAAUACCCUUGCUUUCUCACUUUCAAAUACAUCUAAAUAUAUAAAGUGCAUUAACUGUGCCAAGUUUCAGCUGAAUCUAUUGAGAAGAAGCCAAGUUACAUUAGGCUAGUCAUCGACAUUUUUACAUCGAAAACAGAGCAUUGAAAUUCUCAAACUUCAUCAACUGAUCUAUAUGAUUACAACAUAUCCUUAUAGCACACCUCAUGAGACACAACUCUACCAAAUUUCAGUUGAUUACCUCUAGUAAAAGUCCAGUUCCCAUAGGAUAGUUCCGAUUAGCUAUAUUAUAGACUGCAAGGGUAUAUGCCACUCAUCAAAUAAUUACUGAUAUUAUGAUUUCUCAAUGUGACUCGUAACUACAAAAAAAAAAAGAAUGCACAACUAACUAUAGUAAGAUAUAUAAGACGCUAAUCAAAUGUAAUUCGUAUUAUCCGAUAUCAGAAACGAGAAAACGAAAUCAAACACUACAAAUACGUAAGAGAAAGCAACAUUGUUUUCUUCAGAAUCUCCAAUCUAUAGUUCUAUCAACGAUAUUACACUUAGUAAAAUAUCUCAAAUUUGAGCGAAGCUCGGAAACAAAAAAACCAACUUUACACUUCUCGAAACUAUUUUCGAUGUCUCUAAAGUGAGUUUUUAUCGCCGUGCAACGUUUGAAAAAUCUCGAUUAUAUAAUAAACGAAAAAUAAGCAGAAAAGUUACAGUAAUACAUAAUAAUAUUAUUGAAUGUUUAAAUGUUUUAUCUUAUAGAUAUAAACCAGAGAGCAAGUUUGAAUAAAGAACAAAAACAAAAACAGAAAAGAGAGAUAGACAGAGAGAACAGAGUGGAAGGGAGAUGGCAAAUCUCAAGCACAAAUAUUGCAGGAAAUAUUAUUGUUGAAGGUUGUUUUACUUAGGCAUGGAUGAAACAAAUCAAAUAUGAUAUCGAUAAAGCAAAAUAAUACUUAUACAAUUUAGCUAAACGAAGAUACUCUAAACAAUUAGACGAGAUACACACACAUAUGUACGUAUUCUUCCCUCCCUCCCCCCUUCCACUAUUCUCCUACUUAACCAAAACCAAGCUAUCGAUAUAUCGAAAUUAGCUAAUGUUUUUUCGAAAUAUUUUUAUGAUAGACCAUCCACAGAUACAGCAGAUAAUACUCGAUACUUUUUCUACUAUUUUCUAUGGCAUUUCUAGAGUAUUACAUCUUAGAAACUUGACACUAUUUCAGUUCCUGACCAUACACACACACACACACAUAACAUACAUCUAGAUAUCGUAGAAGGUUAAGUCUGAAUCUGAAUUACCGACAGUUGUGCCCCCCAUCAUCAGUGAAAGUAUCAGAGAGAAACAAACAAACAUGAUAGCGAGAAAGAAAGAAAGAGAAAAAAGUGUGCCCAUAUAUGCCAUAUAUAAAUAUAUAGAUAUACGAUUGCAUACGAUUAUUAUCGAUCGAUUAUCGAUUACCGUUUAUAAUAUAUAUGUACUUAUGUAUAUGUGAUGUUGUGAUAUUUGACUCUAGCGAUAUAAGGCUUAUGUUCCAUUGAUUUCAGCUUUUACUUCCGUCCUGAGUUUGUUUUCAGUUUCUGUUUGUUUCCCCCAAAAUCCCCAAUGAAAUAAAAAGACGGCGUCAAUUGGUUUUCCUAGAUACCAUACAUACAAAUAUAUUCAUGUGAUAGUUACACGAAAAUUGAGAAAAACUUACGACUUUAACUUUAACAACAUUGCGAGUUCUGUUUGUUAGAUAAGUAUUACCCGAUAUUAAUCUAUAUAUAGUAUAUAGUAUGAAAUAUCGAUUAUGAUUCGAGUGAAUUAUGUUUGAAAUGCACCGCUAAAAAUCAUACAACAACAAUCUAUGUAUAUCAAGUAAUACUUAUCGUGAAUCGAUAGCACAAUUUACAAUUAGUUGCCCACGAUUCCCGCCACCCCGGUGAAAAUUGUAAUACUACUUAUAAUGGAUAAUGAGAAUAUUGAAAUUUGAAAAAUUGUUGUUUCGGUUUUUUGUCGAUAAUUGAGUACAAAAAAAGUAAAAUGUAUUUUGGCCUAAAGCAAAAAUCAAAUGAGAAAUUCUAUGAAUAAUGCAUUAAACUAUCUGAAAUAUAAAUGUGAACAAAUUAUUAUAUUGAUUGAUUAUAUAUAUACACAUUAUAUGUAUGUGGUUUGUGCAAACUAUCGAUAGCUUUUUGCUACAUUCUCUCGUAAACACUUUCAACUAUCGUUAGUACUAUCGAUAGUUUGCCUCAAUCCCAAUAUAUAGAAUACGAUAUGCGAACAGCCUUAUAAAGCAGACGAUGCGCGGCCACAGAGAAAGCGAAGUGAUCGACACAUUAGAAGAGAGAGGGAGAGAG